AUGAUGGGAAACAUGGAGGGCACAGACAGUGAGCUGGUCAGUCUCAAACGUCAAGGUCGUCGUGUGAACAGAAGACAAUGCCCCGAGAAGUGGGUCAACGAGACGGGGAAGAGCGUUGACGAUUUCAUGGAGCUGACGAGAGAAGAGCAGUUGGAGAUAGUGCAGAGGUUUUCCAUCAGGGGUAAAAGGAAACGCGGCAAAGACUUGGAGCAGGACAACGAUGGUCAAAGCUCGACCGAUAGGACAGAACCUGCACAGCGAGGGGGGGCGCGGGAGAGGAAGCGAGCGGGCAAGUUAUUCUUACAAGCGAUCUCACUGAAAGCCAGAACAAACUUGUUGAACGUAUCAGGGUCAGGGUUCGGGACGAGCGUGUUUGUGCUUACCUGCUCCCACGAUCAUCCUGACCCAAAGCCUGGCAGACCCCUGAAAGGGAAGGGCGUCACGGCCAAACGCCCCAGGGUCGUCAUGUACGGGAACCCCGGGGGCCCGAUGGGCCUGGCAGACCUGAGCGCAGUGAUCCAACAGGUUUCGGCUGCCCUGCCUGACAGGAUCAACGACGACCCUGACCGAAAGUUUGACAUCGAGAUGGUGUACUCCCCCGAUGACGUCAAGAACCAGUUUGCUGCUCGCGAGGUGGACUCCCAGGAGCGGGAGGUAGCGGAGAUCAUGCGCAGGGCUGAGGAGGAGGUCGCCUCGAUACGUCGCAAGGCAGAGGAGGAUGCGGCAAAAGUGAGGAAAACGAAAUCCAGCGACGUCCUUGCGCAGCUACAUGGGGGCAGGGGGGAUCGCGACCGGGGACUGUAUGCAGGGCAAGACGUAAUGCUCCCUGCAGGCAGCAGAGCCUGGCCAGGUGGAUUUGAUUGA